CUGCACUACGGGACCCUCCUGGGCAGCAGAGCUUGUGCCCACAUGGCAGCAGCUGCCUGGGGCAGUGGGUUUCUCACUGCUCUGCUGCACACGGCCAAUACAUUUUCCCUACCCCUCUGCCACGGCAAUGCUGUGGACCAGUUCUUCUGUGAAAUCCCCCAGAUCCUCAAGCUCUCCUGCUCAGAUGCCUACCUCAGGGAAGUUGGGCUUCUUGUGGUUAGUGUCUGUUUAGCAUUUGGGUGUUUUGUUUUCAUUGUGGUGUCUUAUGUGCAGAUCUUCAGGGCCGUGCUGAGGAUCCCCUCUGAGCAGGGACAGCACAAAGCCUUUUCCACAUGCCUCCCUCACCUGGCCGUGGUCUCAAUGUUUCUCAGCACUUGCAUAUUUGCCUGCCUGGAGACCCCCUCCAUGUCCUCUCCAUCCCUGGAUCUGGUAAUGGCAGUUCUGUACUCGGUGGGGGGUCUGGGUGCAAUCGCCCUCCAGCUCAAGGAGGUGACAGCCUAG